AAAUGGGUUAAUGAAAAUUUUGAACGAGAUUAGCCCUCCUUUUAAGAGAGGAAGCUUAGUUUACAUAUGGGUAUAAUGGUCAUCCUCGUCCUCAGCCUUGGCUUCAAGUGGAGGUGCUCCUGCAAAGCUUCCAACACUGGUGGACAUGCCAGCCAAUGUCUCUGGCUGCGGCGACGGUGCUGGGAACCAGAGAAAAUUUGAUUUCAAAUUCAUUCGCAUUUCCCUCUAAAUUUCAGAGAUUAUCGUCCUCGUUAUCGCUGAACAUUGAAAGCCCUCAUUUCAUGACCUAUCUCAUUUCUCAUCAUGACCUAGCUCCAGGCUUUGCUCCACGAAAGUGUUGUUGUUCAGUACCGUUAAAGACUCAAAGAUGAGGAUGACUUCUUUAAGCAAAAGAGAGUGACGGUCUAGAUGUGCUUUCAAUAUGUCAUUUUUGGAAUUGAUAAUUUGCAAGUGUUCAAUGAAUGGAAACAAGGAGUUGGGAGUGCUGCACUUAUAUACUUCAAAUGCUUGCUGGAAGAUUGCAAAGCUCAAUGUCAAUUUUUUUUGUAGAUAGUCAAGUAACUUUUAUUAAAAGUGCUGGGAACAUAGUAGCGUAUUAGCAAAGCAUGCUUUGGGUGAAAGAUUAUCCCAUCAAAUUGAAUCUUCUAUUCUAUUGGAUGUACAAUGUAUUGUAUGCAAAUUUGUGAUAAAAAAAUCACUUAUAAAAUUGUCACACACAAACAAGUUAAAAAUCACUUUUAAUUAAAAAAUUGUUAUUUAUAAUUGUAACCAAACAUGAAACAAUUUUUGCUCAUAUAUUAAAAAUAAAUCACUUUUUUUUAUAAGUACUUGUUUUAAUCUUAAACGAAUUUACCCACAUAAUCUUACCCAACGGGUUAGAAGAAAGACACCGUGGAUAUUUAUCCAAUUAAUAAUUCUAAUUUAAUUUCCCUCGCCGGGAGCCAAUUCAAAAUUCGAAUUUGACUCUUCAGGGACGGAGGCACCUCACCGCGCACACACAGUUCACGACCUUUCUCUGUCUCUCUUUGUUCUCAAUUGAAUUCCAAGUUGGGGUUUCUGAAAUGGGUUUUAUAAAUUUUCCUGAUAUGCUGAGGAGCGUGUUAGGGUUCAUGAUCCGUUUCUUCUUCCGAACCUUCACCAAAGCCAUGGGCUGCUUCUUCGCGUGCUUCAGGAUCAGAGAGAAUCGCCGCACAAACACAUCGCAUUUGAUUACCUCCUCCACUCGAUCCACCGGUGUUGUGGUGUCUCGAAAUCGCUUGUCUUCUUUAUUAUUUGAAGAAGAGAGAGAUGAUUCUGCGAGGAUUGAUGGUGUUGGGUUUCAGGGAGAUUUCCAGGGGCUUAAGGAUGAGGCUAAGUUUCUUAAAGCUUGUGGGACCUUAACAGGAACACCCGUUGAAAUUCGUAAAGCAUCUGAGAAAUUGAAAGCAUCACCCGCUCCUGAUAAAGAUUCAGAACAUUCAAGAUUUCAUUGUUGGCUUCCUAACACGUCUGUGGAGAAACUGCAGCUGGAUGUCCAACCAUUUGAUCCACCAACUCCCAUAAAUCUUUGCCAAAAAUUGGGAAAUAGUAUGGAUUCAUUUGAGCACACGCCAAUCAGCUUUAUCUCCAAAGCGCAAGAUACUGAAGAAGACUCUGUUGACUAUAUGGAAAAAAGUUGGUCAGGGAACCUUCAUACGGCAGAUAGGUCUGAAAGGAAUGUAGCUUUGGUUUCAGCUUUGCUAGCCACAAAUACUCAGAGAAAGAACAAGUCUGUUCGUUUUGAAAGUGAAACUGACUUGGCAACCUAUGGAAGCUCAUCAGAUAAUCGGCAUAUGAAGGAAAACAAGUCACCAAAUAACCAAAGUGCAUAUAAACCGUCUCCUUAUCCUACCCCGUUGAAGUUAUUUGAUGAGAUGCAAACACCAGGAACUGUGUAUCCUGCAUCAUUAGAAGAGUUACAUACAGGUAGGGCUCAAGUUCGGUCCCAGUUUGUCUAUCCAACUAACAAACCAGGUGAUAAUGCCCUCAGGUGCAAAAUACUCGAGGAGAGAGAUUUUAACCCUGAAGAAGAUUCAAGUGAGCUGAGUGAUUUGGUUGAGAAAGCUCAAAAUGGAACUCCUACCCCAGAAAAAGGGUCCAAGAGAUUUUCAAAUGAAAAUGAUGAGAUCAAAUCAAAUUUGUCUUCUAGAAUAAGUCCUGUAUCAACCAUCGAGGAGCAUUCGCCUAUGUCAUUUAAGUGGUGGUAUGACAAUGGCAUCCCGAAUUCAACAACUAAGUACAAAGAGGACCAGAAAGUAAAAUGGCAUGCAACCCCAUUUGAAGAGAGGCUGGAUAAGGCACUGUCUGAGGAGAAUUUUAUAUCUCAAAGGAAGCUUGUUUGUGGGAAACCAGUGGAAUUUGAUGAGAUUGAAGAAAGUGAUACAGCAUCAUCUCAGCUAUAGUCAGAGACUCAUUUGCUGUCUGUGGUGUCAUUUUGAUAUCCGUAUAAUGUCCAUCCCAUCCCGUUGUAGUCACUUAUAUGGGAAGUAAUUCAAUAUUCUGGAAACUAAGUACGAAUAAACAUCAUUCAGCAUGCCGGUUGCUUUGUAUCAGCAGUUGAUUAUACAAAUUUUGCAGUACCAUAGAACUAUCUAGCUGUCCGUGAUAAUAUAGAGUUUCAUCCCUGCGUAAGCAGUGAGGAAAAUUUUCAUUCACCGGAGGAAAGUGAUAGAACUGAAUGGUUUGGUUAAGAACGUUGGAAGCUUAGAUCUGUCCAGUCAGAUUUCUUCUCUUGCGUAGCUGCUGAUAAUUCGGUGAAUAAAUUGAUAUUUGUUAGUCAUGGAUAUAAAAAGGUGACAUUGUUUUUUUGGGUGAAAAAGUGUCUAUAUUUUUUUUUAAAAUUAAGUUGAAAGACUUAAAGAACAAUUGGCCAGUCUUUUGAGCGGUCAUUCUAUAUUGUUUCUCAUUUUAAUAAAGAGAAGAUCAUUAUUCUUU